AUGAGUCAAAAAAAAUCUGCUUAUUCAAAAAGAAAAAAAAUAAGCGAAAUCGAAAAGAAAUGCGAAGAAAGUUUGAAUGAAAUACUGAGAUCAGCAAAUGAAGCAACUGAGAUUUCAAAAAAAGCAGAAGAAGAGCUAGAACACCAGACAGAACAAAUAAUACAUAUCAGUAAGGAGACUGAACAUAUUGAAGAAAACUUGAAUCAAAGUCAGUACCACUUAGAAGGUAUAAAAUAUUGGUGGAAAAACAUAAAUUCUUUUCUAGGAUUCGAAAAUCCUAAUAAUAACGAAAAUAAAAAUACAAAUAAUCAGCUAAAUGAUAAUAUAAAUAAAAAAACAAAUUAUAAUUAUAAGCAUAAUUAUGCAAAGAACGACAACCGAUUUUGUAGAAACUCAUUAAACUUAGAUGGGGCGCCACAAAGGAAAGGCACAUUUGAUGAAAAAUACGAAAGUGAUUUGAAUACCCUGUCUUCAAUGCUCGAUGAAUUGCAUACUAGGGCCUUGGUCAUGGGGAAUACAAUAAAAGAGCAGAACAGGAUGCUAGGUAAUACGAGCGAAAAAAUGGAACACAACAUAGAGAAAAUUCGAGAUCAGCAAAAAGUAAUGAAGGAUAUUAUGAAAAAAUAA